UGGCAUCUGACCGCCAUCACUUAUCGGUUUCUCGAACGUGGAUUCCACGCGUCGUCGCUUCCUGUCUCGUCAGGCUGUCCACAGCAUCGGCCUCGCAGUCGUCACUCAAGUUCUUGCCAGAAUGUCGUCGUCUCCCGUCAAGCAACACGAGGAUCCUGAGCUUCCUGGGCCCUACAUUACUGAGUCUACGUCUCUUCUUAAUUCGAAGCAGGAGACUCCAUGUGAGGCAGACCCAAAAACGCGAGGUGCAGUAUGGUCUGCCUUGACUGCGCUCACGGUUGCAGCCUUGGUGGUCUUGUUAUUCUUCCAGGAUUCUCUUCCAGAUGGCUUCGCGCCGUGGCUAGGCACCCUUCCCAAAGAUCCAAUGCUUGCUGCCCUAAAGAUCCUGGAAAAGGCACCCGUUAUCGAUGGACACAUCGACCUUCCGUGGCUCGUACGCAUGGAAUACGCGAACAACAUCUCUGCUGUCGAUCUUGAAUCCACGAUGCCCGGCCAUGUGGAUAUUCCCAGACUUCGACAAGGCAGAGUCGGGGGUUUCUUCUGGUCGGUAUUUGUAAACUGUGCGGACCCGGAAGCCGAGGGCCCCGGAUUCUUGUCUGCGUCAUGGAAAGUCAGGGACACCCUAGAGCAAAUUGACUCCGCAAGAAUGUCGAUCGAGAAAUAUUCUGAUACAUUUCAGCUCGCUCUUGGUUCAUCAGAAAUCAAAUCUGCCAUAACCAAAGGCAAAAUUGCCAGCCUUAUCGGUGUCGAAGGCGGACAUCAACUAGGAAACUCAAUCGCUGUUCUCCGGCAAUAUCAUUCUCUGGGCGUUCGAUAUAUGACUUUGACCCAUGUCUGUCAUAACGCUUUCGCGGACUCUUGCGGAUUCUAUCCCGGAAAGAAGCCACUACAUGGCGGUCUUAGUACUCUGGGAUAUGCGCUCAUCGAUGAAAUGAACCGCCUCGGCGUAUUAGUGGAUCUUUCACAUACUUCGGAUGCGACCGCGGCCCAGGCUUUGAACUACUCCAAGGCACCGGUGAUAUGGUCUCAUUCGUCAUCAAGAGCUGUACACGAUCAUGUUAGAAACGUUCCCGACGAUGUGUUGAAAUUAGUAGGUACUGGGGAAGGACAAAGUGAUGCUGUUAUCAUGGUAAACUUUGCGCCCGAUUUCGUAGCAGACCCUGGUCAGGCAACCCUACAAGCUGUGGCUAAUCACGUUGAGCAUAUCGCAAGCAUUACGGGAAAGCAACAUGUUGGCAUAGGAAGUGAUUUCGAUGGUAUCGGGAGUACUCCCGCAGGGUUGGAGGACGUGUCAACAUACCCUGCAUUGGUAGCGGAAUUGUACCGGAGAGGCUGGAAAAAGUACGAACUUGCAGGGUUUACAGGGGGUAAUCUACUGCGGAUUUUCGAAGGUGCAGAGCAGGUGUCGAAUCAGCUGAAAGACUCGGGCAUGUCUCCCGUGUAUGAUAUCUAUGACAAGAGGAAAGAUAUACCUGGCAAGUAGUGUUGUGUUGUUCUACCACUAAUGAAAUGUACUGGACAGUAUAGCUCCACGUCUCCGAUCCAUCUCAUGUUCUCAUCAGAUCUUGGUGAUGGGAAAUCUCGGUCAUUUCCAUGAAGGAUCCUGGAGACAGGUCUCUGAAGUCAAUUACAUUGUGCGCUGGCUAUGGAAAUUAUUUCGAACCAGACACAGAGAAGACAUGAGGCUCCAAGUCGCAUGUAAUCUUUCCCAUGACCUGAUGGACAGCCUUCAUCAUGAGCUUUUGGCCGUGGCCAUUGAGUAGGAUGGGAGGUCUAAUCAACACCUUUUGAU